AGUCCCAAGAAGACUUCAUCGCUCCACCCUCGGCACCAUCGUAGUCAUUCGAGCAAGCGGACUCCGCGGACGGGCUCGGUGCACGAAGAUGUUUCCAGCGCCCCCGCAACAAUAGACGAUGCGGAAAGCACAUCACCGACCUUGCCACUUGCGGAGCCCUCGCAGGCCAGUAAAAACGACGCACCUAGGGCAGGUGUGAAAGCCUCAGGACGUGGAUCGAAGGGACCGUCACCCACAGCUGCUGAGAAUUCGGAGUCGACUGCGCAGCGACAGCGGGACUGUGACUGCCCGUCCGAGGUCGAUGCCGUGACCGCGCAGCGACCUGAAAGCUCCAUGAGCGAGCAGACCGCGUUCGUCACGCCAGCCCCCGUCCACCGACCAUCGUGCGCAGACGGGCUGCUGCAGGGUGCAGACUCCGACGCGCACUUAGCCCGAACUGACGAAAGGACCGUCAUUCCCAGCGUCUCCUCAUCUUCUACGUCGCCGAUGCAACCGAUUCGCUUGCUGAGUCCCCAGUUUGCCAACAGCGAGGAGUCAGCGCCGCAGAAUCCCGAGAAAGCCGGAGUCCCCAGUGGUGUGGGCCCGAGCUCUGGCAUUCGAGGUUCCGAGUCACGACGCGUGCCCUCGUUGUCUCCAACUGCAGCAGCGGCCAUUGCGGCAGCCGCGUCGUACGCGCCCUUUGUCGGUGUCAACUACGAUGCCGUUGCCGUGCCGCGCACCGACGGAGGCGAGGCUGCGAUGGGCCCAGAAGCCGCUGCCGCUGCUGAUGCUUACGCUGUAGGGGCAGACUCGCAGCUACCUGACACCGGCGGUGGCGCGGGCCGGCCGUAUCGGCCCCGCAGUCUCUCGGACGGUGCAGCGCUCAAGCGGCUCUUUGACCUGCUGGCGCAGCUGGACUGCUUCUGGCUGGCGCACGAUUUGUUUUCCGGCGACACGCAGCGCGUGCAGAGCAGCAUUCGCGUGCUGGCCACCAUGGUGCUGCUCCUGCUCGUGCUUUGGCUGGCCGCUGUCCCAAACUCGGCCGAAAAGUCGUGGCGCGCCAGCAGCGUGGGCCUGCUGCUGAUAGCGUCGCUGACGAUGGACCUGGUGGCGGCACCGAUGGCUUCACUGCUGCCAUUCCUGUGCAUGCCACUUUUGGAGCUGGCCGACGCGCGAGCCGCUGCACUGCCCUACUCCACGGUUCGCCAGAUGAGUUUCCUGUGCGCCAUGCUGCUCGUGCUGACCAUGGAAGAGUGUGGCCUCUCGACUCGCCUGGCGCUGCUCAUACUUAGUCACACGGGACACAAGAUCAACAGCAUCCUGGCACUCGUAAUAGCCGUGGCCGUGACAAUGACGUGCCUGCUGGAUGCCUUCUGCGUCACCGUACUCAUGAUGUCUACCGUAGAGUGCAUCGUGGACGAGAUCUACUUCCACGUUGUUCAAGCCAACGUGCCCGCCGGAAUGUCCGACCCAGGACAACGGCCUUGCCACGGAAGUGGAGCAAGCCCCGGCUCGGUGCCGCAACCCCAGUCAAUGGAGUCGACCGAGCACCUGUCGUACUUCGCCUACCGCCGCUACAUCUUCAGCGAGUGCACCACCUACAUCCGGUGA